UCGGUUGUACCAGACUCACUUCACCUAAAGAUGUGGCUGCUGGGCACUGCAGUGUUACUGGCUGUACUAGCAGGUGCAGGUUCUGACCCUUCAUGUUAUGGAGGUAUUAAUAAAGAUCCCCUAUCCUGUUCCACAUGUGAUGGAGUCUGCUCUGUUGACACUGGGUGCAUCUGCAAAAAUUCUACCAAACUCUGUGUUCCUGAAGUCAAUACCUGUCUGAUGAAUUCUUCAGCAUGCUGUUUACCAGAUCUUUCUUGGCAACCACAGUUGGCCUGUUGCACAGUGGAUCCUUACUGCCUCUCCUCUUGUUUGUCGGAUGAGGUUUGUAAGUAUGUGAACCACAGGCCCACCUGCAGUGCUAAUGAGACUUUCUAUAGAUCACGGAACUACAAACUUACAAAUAUAACCAGAAUAAUUGAGUGCAGAGCCUCCAAUAUGACAAUGUCUGUAGGUAAGAACUUACUAGAAUUCCUAAACUACAAACCAUCUGCAUCAAGCCUGUUGCAACCCAACUGUACCAAAGCUGUUGAGGACAUUGUGCAGGGGCAGCGUGUUUACUCAUUCACAGCUCCAUGCAAAAUUGAUAAAUGUGUAAACACUAUAGAGAAAAACACAAGUCAUGUGACAUUCAGGAACACAUUGCUCAUUCCUGCUUCUUCCGAUUCUGGGAUUGUGACUGUGAACGAUUUAAGUCUUGAUUUCUCUUGCACAUAUGCUCUGAACUUGCAAAGUUCCCUGUUAACAGUCUUCAAACCAGUCAUGAGUUCAGCCAACCUAAACACUGGGAAUUCAGAAAGUAAAGCAGAAACAACCAUAGCAGCAUAUAUUAACCCCUCAUACACUGAGCCUCUGCAACAAGAGGACCAGCAACAGCUUUCAAUGGGCUCUACCAUAUAUUUUGGGGUGUCCACAAAUUUCUAUGACUCAGAUUUUGUUUUACGUGUAGAAACAUGCUUUGCCUCCCCUACAGAUGAUAGUACAAGCCCUACAAAAGUGAUGUUGCUUGAAAAUGGAUGUUCAAGUGACCUGGGGCAGUAUAUCCAGGUGUUCGACAAUGGAAAAACCAAGGAAGUCAGAUUCAGUUUGGUUUCCUUUGCCAUUCAGGGUUAUGACACUAUAUACAUCUUCUGUGGUGCAAGACUGUGUUUAAAUUCAACAGGGACUUGCAGUGGGUGUUUAAAGACCCGUGCCGUCAUUGAAGAUACAGUACAGCUGGGACUUGGACCUUUCUCAUUUAUAGGUGACUCUAGCAGUUCUGGUUCUAGCACAGUUAUGUCUGUUGCUUUUCUUGCGGCAUCCAUGUUGGCUUUUAUCUUCUGUGAAAUAAACUGGACCAUCUGAAGAAUAUUCCCUGCAUCUGAACUUUUUAGAAAGUCACUGGAACUUUGCAGACUUGUUAACUCUUACUCACUAUCUACAAUAAUAUUAACAGAAAUAAUUGUAUCUAUCUACAAUAAUAUUAACAGAAAUAAUUUUAUCUAUCUACAAUAAUAUUAACAGAAAUAAUUUUAUCUGAUUGUGACUUCCAAAAAAUAUCUUGUAAUUUCAUGUUCCUUGGAAAUAAUCUAUGUGCCAACAUCUUCCAGUUGGUACUUAAUAUGAAAACAAAGUUGCAUCCAUUCUCUUGCAUGCAUAUAACAGGUUAUCAUUGUACAAAGAUAGAUUACAGUUGGACAGGUUAUAAUAGGUAUUAUAGUAUCUAAUAAAUUAUGUUCAUGUAUUCAUGUAACUUUCUUAUUCAUUUACAAGUUUGCUAUUGCCUAGUGCAGUGAUCCCCAACCAGUAGCUCGUGAGCAACAUGUUCCUCUCCAACCCCUUGGAUGUUGCUCUCAGGGUCCUCAAAGCAGGUGCUUAUUUUUGAAUUCCAGGCUUGAAAGCAAGUUUUAAUUGCAUAACAACUAAGUGUAGUGCCAAGUAGAGCCUAUUGUAGCCUAUUGCCAGCCCACAUAGAGGCUACCAAAUAGCCAAUCACAGCCCUUAUUUUGCACCCCAAGGGACUUUUUCGUGCUUGUGCUGCUCCCCAACUCUUUUUUACAUUUAAACGUGGCUAAUGGGUAAAAAAGGUUGGGGGCCCCUGGCCUAGUGUAAUCCACUGGGUUGUUGGGGCCUGGCAGUUUUCUCAUAACUGUUUUUCUGUGGUCUUUGCUGACUUUGUAUCUUGCUACUCAUUACCCUCGUGGUCCACAGAUGCAGGGUUCUGGGGAAAGUAGUGUGGCCAUUGUAGAGGGGUACUGCCCAAACCAUAGAUGAUGUCAGUGGUUGGGCUGAUCAAUAGGUAGGAAGCCAGACAGAGGCGUAGGGUACUCUGGAAGAGUCAAUGUACUGACAGAGUGUUGUGUACCACAGGCUUAAAUAGAAAGUGGAUAAAGGGAGAAAUAUGUGAGAUCAACACACAGGGACAUGAAUAGACAAGAAGCAAAUCCAGACACAGUGAAAGGAGCAAGUUUAGACUUUGUUAUUAGACUUAAGACUAAAAAUUGGUGAUAUAAGAUUGUGUGUUGUUAUACUUAUUUUUAUUCAGCUAUAUGUAUUAACUUUUUAACUUUGCACAUACAGCCUACUACUUAUAAACAUACUUGAUAAAUGCAA